AUGAACGACCUCUCGCCGCCGCCCAACAAAACGCCGGCACGCCGGAGAAACGGUCGAACCGACGGCAAGUCUGGCGCUCAAAAGGCCUACGCGUCCGAGAACGAUGCGGCCACCCUGAAUGCUCAGCGGCAUCACCCGCAGAGGGUGGUGCCUCUCACCCCGAGCAAGGUCGGGGCAGGCUCGCCGGCUCGGACGGACGCCGCCACGGCGCAGGCGAGCUCCAAGCAGCGCAACAGGAACAAGGCCAAGGCCAGGAACACCCCUGUCUCGCCCGAAUUGAAUUCUCGCGGACGCCAGACGCCUCCCCACCGCUCCAUACCCAUACCCACGAAGUCCGCGACGGGCGCUGCCUUUGCCGGCGCGACCUUUCACGCAUCUCCGGCGCCCUCGGCGCUGCCCAUCCCCAGCUUCCUCGCCAAAUCGUCCAACGAGUCCCCCGUCUUCGGAAACCGCACGGGCAUCGUCCAGGAACUUUCACCGCCGGCCACCGACACGGAUGCGCACACUCCCUUCCGUCCAGCUUCGGCCCCAAAGUCGACCGAGUCUCCGCUGGACUUCAUGUUCCGCGCCCACCGCGAAGAGAGGGAGCGGCAGUUUCGCGACACAUCCAUGGGGCCGGACUCCAGCCCCUCUCGCCUGGCUUCGGCAUCGGCCGUGCCUGUCAACGGCGGCCACGGCUCGUCGUACACGCCCACGGUGCCGUCCGGUCGCCGUGCCGGUUCCCGAUACCCGCCUGCCGACUUCGGUGGCUCCGAUCUGGACGCCAACUCGAGCCGUCCCUUGGGCCCGACCUUCUCGACGCCGUACCAGGAGCGAAUCAAGGCUGCUCGGCUCGGUGCUUCCCCCUCGCAGCCAAGCCAGCUGUCGUCGGCGCAGCCUUACGCAUCGACGCCUUCCGACGACCCCACCGAUGCGCUGAAACGGUUUCUCUUUGGCGGAGGCGCUCUUGGAGGCGCGUCGUCGAACCCCGGCUGUCCAAGCACGAUACUCUCGUCUGCCUCGGCUGCCGGCGAGACGACUCACAGCACGCCUCCGCCAGCCGCCCAAGCCGGUGUGCCGGAACAGGCUCGCAGCAACAAUUUUCAGGCCAUGGAGAAUGAUUUGCGAAGGAUUCUGAAGUUGAAUACGACAAAGGGCACGUCGCCGGAUCGAGGCUUUGUCUCUCAGUGA